AAAAAAUAGUGUUGUUUCGCGGCUCUCAUUUGUAUAAAUUAAAUGUAAGAAAUACUGGAAUAAUGGUUAUAUAAUUUUUAAAUGUUAAACUGAAAUAACAUUUGAAAAAAGAUCCGCUUGUUGAAAACAUACCAUAUGUUAUAUAUUUACAUUACCAUAUGUUGAACAUUAACAUUAAAACGUCGAGUAAAAUGUUUGUUAUCAAAAUUAUCGCUUUUGCCAUACUAUUUCAAACUGUGCUAGGCGUGAUGUCGACAUUAUACGCUAUUGAAAACGCGCAAGUUUCCAAAACGAAUGAGGUUUUGCAUCUGAUGCGGUGCGGCAGAUUGAACCAGAACUUCGAUAAACCAGGUGUUCGGUUUCCUGUCAGUGAUUCGACGCUGUGUAGCCCUUUGAAUUCCAACUGGUUCGAAAGCCCUGUCUACGAAAGUGGUUUUGGGUAUGCAAUAAAGAGACGGAAUGUGGAAGACUUCAACGAGAUAGACGGUUUGCGUGCAGAUAAUGGUACUGGCUACUUUCAACGCAGACUUCCGUUUCUCCUAGAGACUGAUGUCAACAUCACUGUCGAUCUUGUCCCGUAUUUCGAAAAUUCGCUGAAUGUCAACCUUAAGACAGAAGAUAACGCCUAUUUCAUGCACUUGCGGUUUAAACGAGUAGAGAAUACAAUAGUAGUGCAAGAUAAAGAAUCAAAUGGAAGCUUUGGGAACACGCAGACUUUCCAAGGCUGUCGGCUGACAAAUGGCGCAACGCACACCAUAUCAUUAACGUUUCAGAAAGGAUCCACUGUAAAGAUUAUGGUUGAUGGCCUAGAGUUGACAACAUUCACAAGCGCCAUUUACCCAUCUCUUGUGCGGAAAUUCAAUCUUUGGUUCGCAAGUGAUGACUUCGCCAUGAUCAGACGCCUAGAAUUCACGAAGACGCCAUGAAACGCUGUCUACAAUAGAACAUUAUUGCUGUUUGUUUGCGCGAUUGUAUACAAGAUAAUUGACUGGGAUUUGUUUUUUUAUAUCCUUCAUUUUCAUUAAUUUAUAUCUGAUAAUUAAUUUCAAAGUGCAUACUUAAUUAAAAAGAAAGUAUAAAUAUUCUUUGAAAUGUUUCAAUCAAUAUGUAUACAUGCAUCCAAAAAUUAUUGUUUGGUACGGUUAUAUUUAGAUUUUCUAAACAAAACAUUGUUUACUUGGCUAACAAGAUCAAAUGAGUGAA